UAUGAGAGUCAGCUCAGGCGUGAUGAAUUCAUAGCAUUACUUAAGAGUGGAAAUAUAGGAAUUCUUAUUCCUCUUGCUAAAGACAGAAGUGAAACAGACUUCGUCGAAUUGUUGAAGGAAUUUGCUGGCAUUUGUUUGGGUGGAACAUGAGUGCUAGUAGCUGUCUUCAAUUUGAACAAACUGCAAUUAGGUUUUAUGCUUUGGUUUCUUUCUUUGAAGACUUUUAUGUUGUGGUUUGGAGCUCUGUUUUAGAAUCUUAUUUCGCCGUUCUGCUUUUGUGAAUGGGGGACUUCAGUGGAUUGGAUUAACCUUAUUCUGCAACUAGGGGUGGGAUUCGGGCGGUAAACAAUUCACCGUUUACCGAAUUUACCGGUUUCGGUAUACCGAUUACCGAUACCGAAGUUGGCCAAAUUGGUUACCGAUUACCGAUACCGGUUUGUAACCGGUUUACUGAAUUACCGGUAAACGGUUACAAACCGGUAUUUACCGAAAUACCAUGAGGACGCAGGGCAGGGGAACCAAUUCGGCAAUUCUGCAAUUCUUGCCUCCAUGCUCCAGGCGUGGACGCCGCCGCAGUGGCGAGGAACCUCAUCUUCCGGGACACCUCCGCCGCAGCUCACCUCAUGUUGGCCUCAAUCUUCGUCAUCUUCCUCACAAGCACGGUGGGAAUCACCGACCCCGUCCUCCUCGCGCAGCUCUUCCGCGGGAAGCCGCUCUACGACAAAGCCGUCCUCGUAAUCAAGUGCUUUGCAGCGAGUCAUCCUCUCCACCUCCUUGGUCCACGUCCUCCCAGCCGCCUACGCUUCCCUCGUCGAUUGAACCGUCUCGUCGCGGCAUCCGUGGAAGGACUUCCCGUUCGCGGGGCUCGUGACGCUGAUUGGCUGCCUCCUCGCUCUCUUCGUCGACAUCACCGCCACCGAGCACGUCAGCCACGACCAUGGAGGAGCGGGAGAACACGAGUACGAGCCUGUCGCCGGCGAAUUGGGGAAGCAAUCGAGGGGGCUGCUGAGGAUGGAAUUGGGGGAGGAGGAGGAGGAUGAACGAGGGGGAAGAGGGAGGAUGAGGAGGAGGAAUUGAUGUUGAAGGCGAAGCAGAGAUUGGUGUCUCAGGUGCUGGAUAUCGGGAUAAUUAGGGAGGGGAUUUCGGUAUCGGUAUUACCGAUUUACCGUCGAUAUUUACCAAUACCGUGUCCGGUAAACCGACUCCCCAAACUUCCCGCUCGGCUGCCGAUACCGCCGGUAACCGUUUACUGCCGGUUACCGGUUCGGUAAAACGGUAAACCGUUACCGGAUUACCGUUUACCACCCCUAUCUGCAACUGAUUUAGUUGGAGUUUCAGUCCUUAAUCCACCUGUGAAUUUCUUGGCUUUGCUCCACGACCUCAAUGUGAUGCAGAAUAAAAUUAAUUCAAUCCAACUGAAGUCCCUCAUUCACAGAAGCAAAACAGCGAAAUAAGUAUCUAAAACAGAGCUUCAAACCACAACAUAAAAGUUUUCAAAGUAACAUAAAGAAAGAAACCAAAGCAUAAAACCAAAUUGCAGUUUGUUCAAAUUCAAGACAGCUACCAACACUCAUGUUUCACCCAAACAAGUGCCAGCAAAUUUUUUCAACAACACAACGAAGUCUGCUUCACUUCUGUCUUUAGCAAGAGGAAUAAGAAUUCAUAUGUUUCCACUCUUAAGUAAUGCUAUGAAUUCAUCACGCCUGAGCUGACUCUCAUAUCGUCUUAAGAAUUCUGCAGAAUCCUAUUCAGUUGCCGUGUGACUAACACUGGCUGAGAAUGAGCCAGCAUUAUUAAUCCCACUGAUAUAGUUAACAUUGAAAACACUCAGCCUGGCCCUGCUUGCGAUUGUCCCCCUGGGUGAGGUUGGCUCCCCAGGUGAGGUUGGCUCGAAGAGUUCCCUGUCGUCGUCAAACGGCGGUGGCGUUCCUAUUCUUGUUUUGGCUGUGAAUGCUUUAAAUAGUAGCCCCUUCAUGUCCUGAAUUUGCAUCCCAAUAAGGGAAAACACAAGUUUCAACAUUUUUGCAUUCCAAUAAGGACUUUUGGGAAAUCAUUUUCUCAACAAAGACACCAUUCAAAGUAGAAAAUGCAGAUAGCAAUAUCAACAUUCAAAAAAUGAGGAUGAAUUUACAAUCCUCUGCAUGUCUACGUCACCAGCUUGAACUUGAAACAGUCUGACCUUCUAUUUUAGCAAUUUCCAACCAGGUAAGGCGACUAAUCUAUACAUCGUCGCCAAUCGCUUGAGAAUGAGCUUCCAGGCCCCAUCACACCACCUCUUAUACGGACGAGGAUAGUAAGCUCCUUCGCCGCUGCGAAAAUCAACUACCUCCCUCAGUAGCCUUUCUUCAUUCUCCACGUUCCAGAACUCCCCCAGAUCCAUACUCCUGGAAGAGUUAACUAAACAAAAGACCUGCUCUUUCCUCCUCUUCUUCUUCUUCUUCUUCUCCGGAGGAAAGAAGGAGUCGGCAGUGUCUUGUAUCUCUGGUUCUCUUUCUCUCUUCCUCGUAAUGGGAGUCUGCCUGAGAUGAGGGAGGACUUAGCAUGACAAGAAAGAAGAUGCCCCCGA